AUGAAGUUACUCAAGAACAAGCGUGGUCUACUGUUGGCGGUACUCUCCCAUCUGUCAGCCUCCUUGACGCUUGUCUCUGGGUCAGAAGCUCCGAGUAUCAAAUGGACCAGCCCUGCUUCCGGUGAUACAUAUGGCCCUGGGGACACAAUCACCGGCGAAUGGUCAGUUGAAGACGGCGCUCUGGCCGUCAAUUCGCCUUCUUUCAAGCUUUGCACAAAGGAUGGUGCGAGUGGUGGGGGUUCUGGUUCAAGUGAUCAGCAAGGUUCUAGCGACGACGGCGGCAAAAAUGAAUCCGGUGAUGAAGGAAGUGGUGAUGGCUCAGGCCAAGACGCUAGCGAAGACGGUAAAGGCAGCGGAGAAGAGAGUGGUAACACCCGCGACCAGAGGCGUAGGAGCGAUGACAGCAACGACGGGAGCUGUGGAGAGACCGUAUGGCCCACCGUACAGCAGUCAUCCGGCUCUUAUUCCGUGUCACUUGCGGUUCCGAACGUCACGUCCCUGUCUGGCUACUAUCUCCUUAUGAUGGAUGAUUUCGGCAACAAGAUGAGCUCCCCCAGUUUCUCCCUAAGUCCAACGUCCCCAAGCUCGUCAUCAUCCGCUCCUAGCUCCACUAUUUCUUCGCUUCCCGUGUCCUCGUCCAAAUCUUCGCACACUGAGGCUUUAGACUCUCCCUCUGCUACGUCGGAUGUUGUUUCGAAUUCGUACCCUGAUCUCGCAGCGGCUCACGCUCCGCCGCCAGUUGCUGCCUUCGCAAUUCCUCUUUCUAUAGUCGGCGCGAUCAUUGUCGCGGCCGUUGUCCUCGGGAUUCUCCACUGGCGCAAACUGAAACAAGAGCGACUGCGCGACGCGGAGAAUCUCAAGUCCAUAUCCGACCGAGACUACAUGUCCAGGCGCUCCAGCUUGCUCAGCAGCACAAGCCGCAAGUCCGACGAGAAGAUGGAUCGUUGGGGUCCAGGGUACAUGGGGAGCUUCGCCCGGGAAGAGCAAUACCCGAGUACGACGUACGCGGAGCCUGUCCAGCCUAUGCGAGGUCCUUCUCCUGCGCAUUGGGAUCCUUGUCCGCCGCAGUAUACGUGGAGCGCGAGGAGAGAGCCCGAGCGGAGGUAUAUCACGCGACAAGCGUUCCCUGAAGACCAUUAUACGGCACCGAGUUACAGCCAUUCUCUCCGCGGGAGUUUCCCGCCUAGCAGAAGUGUACCAGCGAGCACAUUCCGCUCACCCCGCGUUGGCCCUGGUCCGUCCGUACUGCACCACAUGCCCCGUCCUCCGGAUCCCCCCCAGCAGGAUUGUCACCGCAACGCCGCGGUGAACCAUUCUGUGAUAUCGAAUUACCUCCAGCCGUCGCCGAUCCCUUGUUCGCUCUGGCCGUCUAGUCCCCCUUCUGGGUCCCCGUCUGCGUAUGAUCGUGGUGCGAUGCAUUUUGUCCCUGACCCUGUCCCCGAGCCUGAGAAGUUGUUCGUGCGGAGGAGUGCUCCAGGAGUGGAAGUAGAGCAUCCGAUGGCGCAUGGAGAUGUGUAUGAUAGGGUGACCAGAUCGUUGUACCCGAGAUAG